GUCCUGCUACCGGCUACUGCCACCCUGUAGGCUAUAAGAGUACCCCGACUUCCGGACCAGUUCUGGGCGGGUGCCAUGUGAGCCCAGCCUAGCUUCCCCUCCAGUUCACCCUCCUUCCUUCUCUCCUCCUGUCCACUGGAGAGGUUUGCCCAACCUCUGCAAAGAGGGACAAUUGACAUCAUGUCUUUGCUCAACCCUGUCCUGUUGCCCCCUAAGGUGAAGGCAUAUCUGAGCCAAGGGGAGCGCUUCAUCAAGUGGGACGAUGAAACCUCAAUAGCCUCCCCUGUUAUCCUUCGGGUGGAUCCCAAGGGCUAUUACUUAUACUGGACACAUCAAAGUAAGGAGAUGGAAUUUCUGGAUGUCACGAGCAUCCGAGACACUCGCUUUGGGAAGUUUGCCAAGAUACCCAAGAGCCAGAAACUCCGGGAGGUAUUCAACAUGGACUUUCCAGACAACCACUUCCUGCUGAAAACAUUCACAGUGGUAUCCGGCCCGGACAUGGUGGGCCUCACCUUCCACAAUUUUGUCUCUUACAAGGAGAACGUAGGCAAGGAUUGGGCUGAGGAUGUACUGGCUCUGGCCAAACACCCAAUGACAGCCAAUGCUUCUCGAAGCACAUUCCUAGACAAGAUCCUGGUGAAGCUUAAAAUGCAGCUGAGCCCUGAAGGGAAGAUCCCUGUGAAGAAUUUUUUCCAGAUGUUUCCUGCCGAUCGCAAACGUGUAGAAGCUGCCCUCAGUGCCUGUCACCUUGCAAAAGGCAAGAAUGAUGCUAUCAAUCCCGAGGACUUCCCAGAAUCUGUGUACAAGAGCUUCCUCAUGAGCCUCUGUCCUCGGCCAGAAAUUGAUGAGAUCUUCACUUCUUAUCAUGCUAAAGCCAAACCCUACAUGACCAAGGAGCACCUGACCAAAUUCAUCAAUCAGAAGCAACGAGACCCUCGACUCAAUUCCUUGCUGUUCCCACCAGCCCGGCCUGAGCAGGUGCAGGCGCUCAUUGACAAGUACGAGCCCAGCGGCAUCAAUGUGCAGAGGGGCCAACUGUCACCAGAGGGCAUGGUCUGGUUUCUCUGUGGACCAGAGAACAGUGUCCUGGCCCAUGAUACUCUGCGGAUCCACCAAGACAUGACACAGCCUCUGAAUCACUACUUCAUCAACUCCUCACACAACACCUACCUGACAGCUGGCCAGUUUUCAGGCCCUUCCUCGGCUGAGAUGUACCGCCAGGUGCUGCUAUCUGGCUGCCGUUGUGUAGAAUUAGAUUGUUGGAAAGGAAAGCCCCCCGACGAAGAACCCAUCAUCACCCACGGCUUCACUAUGACCACAGAUAUCUUGUUCAAGGAAGCAGUCGAAGCCAUUGCAGAAAGUGCCUUUAAGACCUCCCCAUAUCCUGUCAUCCUGUCAUUUGAAAACCACGUGGACUCACCCCGCCAACAGGCUAAGAUGGCCGAGUACUGCCGGACCAUGUUUGGAGAGACCUUGCUCACAGAGCCCCUGGAAAACUUUCCUCUGAAACCUGGCAUGCCUCUGCCUAGCCCUGAGGACCUCCGGGGCAAGAUCCUCAUUAAGAAUAAGAAGAACCAGUUUUCUGGGCCAGCAUCCCCCAACAAGAAGCCUGAUGGGGUGUCUGAGGGCGGCUUCCCAUCUAGUGUCCCUGUAGAAGAGGACACGGGGUGGACUGCUGAGGACCGGACUGAGGUGGAGGAGGGAGAGGAGGAGGAGGAGGUGGAAGAAGAGGAAGAGGAGGAGUCAGGAAACCUGGAUGAAGAAGAAAUUAAGAAGAUGCAGUCUGAUGAGGGCACAGCAGGCUUGGAGGUGACAGCUUAUGAGGAAAUGUCCAGCCUUGUCAAUUACAUCCAGCCCACCAAGUUUAUCUCCUUCGAGUUCUCUGCACAGAAGAACAGGAGUUACCUUGUCUCUUCCUUCACGGAGCUCAAGGCCUACGAGCUGCUCUCCAAGGCCUCCAUGCAGUUUGUGGACUAUAAUAAACGCCAGAUGAGCCGCGUGUACCCCAAGGGCACGCGCAUGGACUCUUCCAACUACAUGCCCCAGAUGUUCUGGAAUGCCGGAUGUCAGAUGGUUGCCCUCAAUUUCCAGACAAUGGAUCUGCCCAUGCAGCAGAACAUGGCACUGUUUGAGUUCAACGGGCAGAGUGGCUACCUCCUAAAGCACGAGUUCAUGCGCAGGCAGGACAAGCAGUUCAACCCCUUCUCGGUGGACCGCAUUGAUGUGGUGGUUGCCACUACCCUUUCCAUUACGGUCAUCUCUGGGCAGUUCCUGUCAGAGCGCAGUGUGCGCACCUAUGUGGAAGUAGAACUGUUUGGCCUCCCAGGGGACCCCAAGAGGCGCUAUCGUACCAAGCUGUCACCUACUGCUAACUCCAUCAAUCCUGUCUGGAAGGAGGAACCCUUCAUUUUUGAGAAGAUCUUGGUGCCUGAGCUGGCCUCCCUCAGGAUAGCUGUAAUGGAAGAAGGCGGCAAAUUUAUUGGACAUCGCAUCAUCCCCAUCAAUGCCUUACAUUCCGGAUACCACCAUCUGUGCCUGCGCAGUGAGAGCAACAUGCCUCUCACCAUGCCUGCUCUCUUCGUCUUCCUGGAGAUGAAGGACUAUGUACCUGACACGUGGGCAGAUCUUACUGUGGCUCUUGCCAACCCCAUCAAGUACUUCAGUGCCCAUGAUAAGAAGUCUGUGAAGCUCAAAGAAGUGACAGGAAGUCUGCCUGAGGCCACCCUCAUACAGAAGCUCUUCUCUGGGAUUCCUGUUGCCAGCCAGUCCAACGGGGCUCCAGUCUCCGCAGGCAAUGGGUCAACAGCGCCUGGGACCAAGGCCAAGGAGGAAGCUACGAAGGAAGUGGCAGAGCCACAGACCACUAGCUUGGAAGAGCUGCGGGAGCUGAAGGGCGUGGUGAAGCUGCAGCGGAGACAUGAGAAGGAGCUUCGAGAGCUGGAGCGGCGUGGAGCCCGGCGCUGGGAGGAGCUGCUGCAGCGUGGCGCUGCACAGCUAGCGGAGCUCCAGGACCCAGCAGCAAGCUGCAAGCUCCGCCCGGGCAAGGGCUCCCGCAAGAAGAGGAUCGUGCCCUGUGAGGAGACCAUCGUGGUGCCUAGGGAGGUCCUCGAGGGACCGGACCCCCGCGUGCAGGAUCUGAAGGACAGGCUGGAGCAGGAGCUGCAGCAGCAAGGCGAGGAGCAGUACCGCUCUGUCCUCAAGCGUAAGGAGCAGCACGUGACCGAGCAAAUCGCCAAGAUGAUGGAGCUGGCCAGAGAGAAACAGGCUGCUGAACUCAAGAGCUUCAAGGAGACCUCGGAAACUGACACCAAAGAGAUGAAGAAAAAACUGGAGGCCAAAAGGCUGGAGCGGAUCCAAGCCAUGACCAAAGUCACCACAGACAAGGUGGCCCAGGAGAGGCUCAAGAGAGAAAUUAACAACUCCCACAUCCAGGAGGUGGUGCAGGCUGUCAAGCAGAUGACAGAGACCCUGGAGCGUCACCAGGAGAAGCUGGAAGAGAAGCAGACAGCCUGCCUGGAGCAGAUCCAGGCAAUGGAAAAGCAGUUCCAGGAGAAGGCGCUGGCAGAGUAUGAGGCCAAGAUGAAGGGCCUGGAGGCUGAAGUAAAGGAGUCAAUGCGGGCUUGCUUCAAGGCCUGCUUCCCCACGGAAGCAGAAGAGAAGCCUGAGAGGCCCUGUGAGGCCUCUGAGGAGUCGUGUCCACAGGAGCCACUUGUGAACAAGACAGACACUCAGGAGAGCCGCCUCUGAAUGCCAGCAUCUCACUCCGACAUUUUAGCAAGGAUAUCCACGCCUUUCUCCUCGGGAGAAAAGGACCUUAUUACUCUGGGGCUGUGGGAGCCUGGGGCUGCCUUGGCUGCCGCAGCCCCGCUUCUCAGCCACAUAAGGCAGAAAUGGGAGACCAUUGGGGCAAGAGCCCCAUGGAACCCGAGUCUUUUCUAAGCUGGCUUCUUCUGUCGUCCCACCUGUAGUGCCAUAUACUUAUUGAAGGCAAAGGAAUAUGGACCAAGAGAGAGGAAAUUGGGUCCUGGUCUCCCCUCUGCCUUUCCUAACAUACAUGCAGGGGCUCUCCACUUGGAGCUCCGUUCCCUUUCCUGGAUGCUUGGCUUUGCUCCCUGGAACCUUCACUCUGUGGGUGUGGCUCCAGCAGAACCAAGGCCUCUUCCCUUGUUGCAUGACUUGAGGCAGUCUUCUAGCUGCAUCUUCUAGGGCUGCCUUGAGUACAGUGUUGCCAACUCCUUAAGGCAGAGCCUGGUACUGCCUCAAGGCUCUCUGGGAAGGGCUACUUUCAGAGUGGCAGCAAAGGCCCCUGCCGUAGCCUCCUACCUAUGGGGACAGAAGGCUGCACGGGGAAGCUUUCUCAGCUGCCCCUCAACUGAUCGAGUAUUGGGGGUGUGGGGGCUAUGCCUGAUGGCAAAGGGUGCUCUCUCUCCAACUCUGAAACUGGCUCACCCUGUUUUCUCCGUCUGCACUUCCUAGCAGCUGUGCCACCAGUUUUCCGUGGGGCUUGAGUUCAUCAUUUAUUUUCUUUUUUUCUUUUUUGGUUCUUUUUUUCGGAGCUGGGGACCGAACCCAGGGCCUUGCGCUUCCUAGGUAAGCGCUCUACCACUGAGCUAAAUCCCCAACCCCCAUCAUUUAUUUUCUUUACUGACUUUAUCUGGUUUAUUUCUUUUUCUCCUUCCUACCAAAGAACCCAAACCAGACUCUCCCACCUUAGCCUGGCUGCUGUUCUCCAGUUAGGAAAAGACAAUGGGAAGGUCUUUCCCCUCUGAAUGAAGCUGCUUGAAUGGUGUGUGGAAAAUGGGUCCCUUGGGAGCUGCAGGAAGGGUGAAGGCCCUUCUGGGGCCCUGUCAAGUGGCCCUGCCUCUCUCUGGCUUCCCUGUCUGCUGAUACUGAUGCCAUAACCCUUAAAAGAUGAUGUUUCGGGGCUGGGGAUUUAGCUCAGUGGUAGAGCCCUUACCUAGGAAGCGCAAGGCCCUGGGUUCGGUCCCCAGCUCUGAAAAAAAAGAACCAAAAAAAAAAAAAAAAGAUGAUGUUUCUCUUCUCUAACCCCCCACAGAUGUGCCCCUUCCUUGUGUCCCCUGACCAGGGAUAAUCCCAGUACAAAAGUGCACCCUACACUCUUGGUAAUUCCAAACCUUUGAGUUGUCUGGGCCUCUUCAGGAACACCUAGAGUGACCACACACAGGGACCUGCCCCUGCAAUAAACUUUCUGGAGGCAUAGCUUGCAGGCCACACCUACAGCUCUGUCUCAAAUCCCAAAUGGGCUGGCAGGGUGGGGUGAUGCUGGGAAGAGGUUGUUUUCUUAUCACAGAGUGACAACAGAUGCCAUUAACUGUGAACACCUGUGCCUUUGGAAACUGAACAGGGAUACUUUCCCCCAUCCCUCUCAGGGCCUGACCUCAGGGGUUCCUACCUGUCCCUGGCCGCAGAGUAAAGCUAAGACCUUCCAUUCACACAUCUGAAAGCCUUUGUCAGCCAGUCUCCCUGUCCUAGCCACACUGGAUACCAUCAGGGUGGGACAUCCACACCCCCAGGCAGUGCCCUAACCUCAACCCAUUCCCAGAAAUCCUAUUCUGCUCUGCCUUCUUACCUUCUGUGGAGAUGAGAACCCAGACUGAGGGGAACUCACUGAAGCAGGUACAUGGGCCUCAGGUAGAGCCAGCAGAGUCCUGGACAAUAGCCACAGUCAAUACCCACAAACCCACAAGAGAAGCCACCUUCAGUUCUCUUGCCAGGCCAGGAUGCAGCCGGGCAAACGGGAAGGAGUUGCAAUCCUGCCUCCCGAAGGGUCACUGAGUGGCUUCUCAGGCAGUCUGAAUACCUACCUGCUUUCUUUCAGUCUGAUGCCCAAAAGGGCUGGUUCUAGGCCCUGGAGAUGGGUUAAUCUGUGGUCACGGGGGAAGUACAGAGGAAGAAUUGAUGUCCUCCCCUGGGCCCUGGACACCUGGGUUCCAUCCCUGUUGUGCCAUAAGGCCAGGUUCCCUCUUGCUCAUGAUUUGCAUCUCCAUUUGACAUGGAGAAGGGUCCUCACCCCUUAGGAGUCCCAUGGUUGACUCAGUACCAGAUCCUCUGCUGACUCACCCCACCCCCCCUUGCACACACACACACACCCCUCCCAGCUCCCUGCAGCUCCAAGGCACGUGCCACUAGGCUCAAGCCUGAGGAGCUAGCAAGUGCAAUGUGACAGAGUGAGGGGGCUGGUGACACUUGAAGAGGAAAGGAGGGGGCGGGGAGGGGCAGUUACAGACAGACAGACUUGCAAACUGAGGCACCUCUGGGAGGAAGCCCUUUUGCCAGCCUGGGGCCUGCAGGGGGAGAAGCUGGGUAGGUGGGAGGGGAGGAGUGUGAAGUGCCUUCCUGCCCCCUGCCUGCACAGCUCCUUCUCCUGUCAGCUUUCAGCUCCCUAAGCGACAGCUUCUAAUUCCGGCUGUUGGAGCCUCUGUGCUCCACAGCGAAGUCUCAGCUUUUUUUUUUUUCUCCCCCCAGCCUUUGCUGUUUCUUUUCUGUUCAGAACACAGUGAGCCCAGGGAAGAAAGUCAGAGCAAAGGCUCUAGGUUCUGAGACCUGGGAGGGAACUCAGCCCAGACCAGAGUGAGGCUCUGAAGAAGACUUGGCCAAUUUUUCCCACACACAAAUACAUUGUUUCCCUCUACCACAGGCAGUAGGGGCACAGGCAAAGCUGAGCUGGUUCAGGGAGGCUCUUGAGAGGAGGGGCUUGGCCAAUGAGCUCUUCUGGGGUUUGGGUGCUUUUCUUCUUGGCGGUACACAGCCUAACCUUCCUCUUGAUCCCGAAGGAAGAAGAGAAGAAAGCAUCUUCUCUCAUGGUGCAGACAGAGAAGAUGGAGUCCUGAGAAAUAAAAGCCUUUCUUCUGCUGAAGAAGGAGGGAGAGCACCCUAUUCCUUUCCUUGGGGCGGAGAGUGCUCCCUGGUCCUUUGAUGGGAUGGACUUUGAGGGCCCUCUAAAUGAGGUGGUGCUUUUCCAACACUGGCUCCUGAUCCCUUGUGGUGCAGGCUGAGUUUCUCUCUCUGCUUCCUCUUACAGAUAGGAAUGUGCAGGCCUGGGGUGACACUGCCAGUCCACAACACAGGCUGAGACCUCGCUCCCAUGCCAAGAAUUGUGUGUGGGGCUAGCUUCACCUACUGUGCACUUAGUAAUAUGCCUCACAGGACAAAGGGGAGUGUGGGUUCCUGUUGUAGGGUCUAGCUUGAAUCCACUCCUAGGCCAUCCUGGAGCCUAGGUGUUCCAGAAGACAUGGAUGCUCUCCCGCACCCCGCCCCCACUGUCCAGCAAGAGCACUCCUCACAGAAUCCUCAGGAGUGUCCUGCAAAGCCACCUACUCUUCCCAGACUGAACACCCCCUCAAUUUUUCACUGAGCUUCCUUUCUCUUACAGCAUAGGACCCCUGAACACAGCCCUUGACCUGUGCCUGUUGGGUGCCUUUGUCCCUGUAACCCUCUGUCUGGACCAUCUUCCUUGUUUCUUAGCAGCCAAUGUCACUCGUCCUUAAGGACUAAUUCUGCUGCCUUCAGAAGACCUCAGUUCCCACUCUUUCCCAGUAUUCAUCUGUCCUUCCACUGGCUGUCUGAGUUUUGUAUUUAGCAAAUGUUUUCAGUCCUGGGUCAAUUCUCCUUCAUUCAGAAUUGUUUGUACAUCUUCCCUUAACAUCGCUGGAAAAACAAUGGUAGGGUUCUCAUGUAGCCCAGGCUGGCCUCAACCUCACUAUGUAGGUGAGGAUGAUCUUGGAACUUCUGAUCCCCCUGCCUCCAUCUCUCAAGUGCUGGGGCUGUUAAGUCCUGGUUUCAUGCUGGGAAUCAAACCAAUGGUUUUGUGUAUAUUGGGCAAAUACUCUACCAGCUUCGAAAAGUCCCCAGCCCUUCACUUAUUCUACAAAUAAAUUCCAUUCCAACUAUU